AUUCCAUCUCCACAACUAUCAAACAACAUGACUACCGUACCACAACAACAUAAAGCAGCCGUUCUCACCAAGGCUGGUGCACCACUAGAAGUUCAAGAUUGGAAAACACAUUCGAUCAAAGAUGAUGAAGUGUUGAUCAAAGUCACCGCAUCUGCCAUCAAUCCAGUGGAUUGGAAGAUACGUGAUUGGGGAAUCUUUGUUGAUUCUUAUCCAUCAAUUUUAGGAUCAGAUGCAGCAGGUGAAAUUGCACAAGCAGGUAAACAAGUUAAAAAUCUAAAAAUUGGAGAUCGUGUUUUCUUUCAAGGAAUCAUUAAAACUCUUGAUGGUAGCACUUUUCAACAAUACGUUACAAUGCCGGCCGAUUUAGUUGGACUUACACCAUCAAAUAUCACAGAUGAAGAAGCAUCAAGCGUUGGUUUGGCUUCGGUUUGCUCAAUCGUGGGCUUGUAUAAUCAAACAGGAUUACACAUUUCACCCGCUCCAUGGGAAAAAGGUGGCGAUCAAGCAGGAAAAGGUAAAUCCAUUGUAAUCUUGGGAGGUUCAAGUUCGGUUGGUCAAUAUGCCAUUCAACUUGCACGUUUGUCAGGUUUCGAAACAAUCGUUACUGGUUCUUCAAGUGCUCAUCAUGAUCAUUUGAAAAAGCUUGGCGCUACUGUUACUUUGGACCGUAAUACUGCCAAAGCGGAAGAUUAUGCCAAAGCUGCCACUUCAAACGGACAUGCAUUUGCAAUGAUUUAUGAUUCAAUUGCCAUUCAAUCUUCUCACAUUGAAUCCGUUCAAAUUUUGCAACAUGCCAACAAGAAAGGCUCUCAAGCUGCAUCAAAGGCAGGAUUAAAGACAAGCACGGUUGCAACCGUAUAUUCAUACGAAGAUGCAGUUACAGAAGAAGUCAAAAAAGGCGUGCAAAAUGGAGCAGAAGAAGUAGACAUUAAAGUUGUUUGGGGUAUGGGAAGUGCGGAUUAUUUGCGUCCUCAAGCUUCCGCCUUUUUCAAAGCGGCAGGAGGUCAACAAGGUUGGCUAGCCAAACAACUAUACUUUGCAAAUCGUGUUGUAGUCGUUGAAGGUGGGUUAUCCGCUGUCAAUAAAGCUCUUGACAAGAACCGCGAUGGUGUUUCAGGUCAAAAGCUUAUCAUUCGUCCAUUUGAGUGAAUCACAUUCUCUCACAUAAAGUAACCUUGUUGUAUGUGUCGUGAAAUAAAUAGUAAUAACAAAGUAAUAUACAAUCUGGGAAAUCGUGCAGACGAUCAUAAAAAUAUAC